AUGGCCUCGAAGACGCCCGUGGAGGCAAUCUUCGACAGCCUCAAGGGCUCGUGGCGGCUACGAAGAUCCCUAGACAGCGUGCUCCCAGGCUUCCCAUCUGGAGUCUUUGAAGGGACGGCCACAUUCAAAGCACGAGAACCAACCGCACAUUCUGCAGCCGGGGAACUGCUCUACUCAGAACAAGGAGAGCUCAAAACAGACAACGGCCUCACACUCAAAGCCAACCGUAAAUACGUCUACCGCUACAAUGCCGACGAAGACAAAAUCAGCGCUUGGUUCGUGAAGGAAGACACGAAGCAGAACGAAGGGCGUGAAGAAGUCGACUACCUAUUCCAUUAUCUCGAAAUGGACUCCGCGGGGAACGCGUGGGCUGGACGAGGGGAGCAUCUUUGUGAGUUGGAUAUGUAUUGGGCGUAUUAUGAGUUUCGAAUGCCGAAGGUGGUGGAGGAGGGCAAGGAAAUGGAUGUUUUUGGUGUGAGGUAUAAAGUGAAAGGGCCGCAGAAGGACUAUACGAGUGAUACGGCUUACGAGAGGACGUUCUCUACUGAUGUCGCUGUACUAUGA